UGAACAACUUUGAAACGAAAAAGUGCGAGAAAAGUGGUUGGACCGGUUCACAAAGUGCUUUUAUCGACACUGCAGAAGAGGGCGUUCGAAAAUAUGUCGCUGUUAAAUGUCCUCGUUAGUUACUUGAUCCCGGUGGUCUGCGUACCGGUGACAUUUGCCGUGCCACAAUUCUACGACAUGACCGAUUCGCCGCAGUUUGCGACCUUGAACACCGAGGCUACCACCUAUCAUGACAAUCUUGAUCUGGACGUACAGAACGAGACCACGAAUAUUUGUCAUUGCCCUAAUGCAGAUCUCACGUUGAAUCACAACGACAACAGUAACGUGGUGGUGCGAAGUAUCAUUUCUCAUUACGAUCUCAUGGAACGGAAACCGCCAAUGCGGGACGAUUAUGUCUACACACCUGGUAUUGGGGCGCAUAAACUCCACACCAGAGCGAAGACCUGGAAUAACGCGCGAAAAAGUUGCAAAGAGGAAGGCGCCCAUUUGGCUAUCGUGAAUUCGAAAAGCGAAGCUCGAGUAUUGACAGGGAUAUUCAAUCGAAUUGGCCUAAUAAUCGGUACCGAUCAUCCGGACCAUGCGUUUCUGGGUAUACACGAUUGCUACGCGGAGGGCGAUUGGGUCACCAUUUUGGACGAUUCGCUCGCCGAGGCAGGCUACACCGAUUGGAGCAACAAAUGGGGCGGACAGCCGGAUAAUGGGGGUGGAGGGCAAAAUUGUGGAAUUCUUUUAAAGGACGGCACGCUCGACGAUUUUCAUUGCCAGACACCACUACCAUAUUUUUGCGAGCUGCCUUGUUAACCUUGUUUAGCUAAUUGUCCCUACCGCCACGGUUACAGGACGAAAAUCAAACUGGCUAGUGAAUGGUUCCAACAGACAAUAUACAAAUCGGAAAUAAGCGUACAAACAAUGGAAUGGAUGCUUUACUUCAAUGACUGUUAAUCAGGACGUUAUUUUUGUUUUGUUCCAACGAAAUUAAGAAAUAAAUAA